ACUUCUUUGCAUUUUCCCUUUUCAGUUUUCACUGCUCACCUGAGACACCCACCAUCUUCUAUGUUCCUGCUCCUACACCAUCCAACGUUAACUUUACCACUCUCUCCCUUCCCAUCUUCAACUUCAAUUCCUUGCCAAUUUUUCUGCCUUCUCUCUCUCUCUCUCUCUUCCACUUUCAAAUCACCCCCCAACGUAUCUUUGCCCCUGCGGCACCUCUUCUAAACAUUUUUCGUUUCAUGAAAACCCCUCAAGUGGGAGGUUUUCCUUUGUCCUAGGUUGUUUUGUUUUGUUUUGAAUUUCUUAGAUUUCUUUUUAGGAUUUAUUAACAAAAGGGCUCAAAUCUCUGUUUUCUUCUAUCUUUUUUUACACCACAAAACUGUUCUCGUUUUGGACUUUUGGGUGGUGUCAGUAAGUGAAGGAAAAUGCCAAAGAUCAUUGUGAUUUCAUUUGUUUCGUUGUUUACUAAGGAAUAAUUAUAAUAUAAUUCUGUUUCACACAAUUAAAAACAGGAGGAAGAGAUGGUUUCUUUCUUCUUCUUCUUUUCUCCUUUUUUUUCCAAAUGCAAUAGGUAAGGAGAGUUAUUCAAAAUGUAGCUUCCUCAGUAACUAUUUCAAGCUAUGAAAACCAAGGUUUUCCCAACUGGGUAUUAUGCAAAUGGUGCAUUUGUUUAAAACUACAGUCUAGUUUUUGGGAUCUGCAUUGGGUUCAAGGGUCUUUACAGGGUUGAAAAUCUGAUGAUUUUGAUAAGAAUAAGCUCUUAACAAUGAAGAAAUUUUACUGGUUUAAAGAAAUCUCUAACAACGUGAGGUCAGGUAGAAGGCUUUCUCUAGGGGAAUACAAGCAAGCAGUGUCAUGGUCCAAGUAUCUGGUCUCCUCGGGAGCAGCCAUAAAGGGAGAAGGAGAAGAAGAAUGGAGUGCUGAUAUGUCUCAGUUAUUCAUUGGGUCCAAAUUUGCUUCUGGAAGGCAUAGCAGGAUAUACAGAGGCAUCUAUAAGCGCAUGGAUGUGGCUAUUAAACUGGUAAGUGAACCAGAGGAGGAUGAGGACUUGGCUGUUUUGCUUGACAAGCAAUUUACUUCCGAGGUUUCUUUGCUGUUACGAUUGCGCCAUCCAAAUAUCAUUACUUUUGUUGCAGCUUGCAAGAAACCUCCUGUAUUCUGUAUAAUUACUGAAUAUUUGGCUGGGGGCUCGCUGAGAAAUUACCUGCAUCAGCAAGGACCACAUUCACUUCCUCUCGAACUUGCUCUGAAAUUAGCCUUAGACAUUGCACGAGGAAUGCAAUAUCUUCAUUCUCAGGGUAUACUUCAUAGGGAUCUCAAAUCAGAAAAUCUGCUGUUGGGGGAAGAUAUGUGUGUAAAAGUAGCAGAUUUUGGGAUAUCAUGCUUAGAAUCCCAGUGUGGCAGUGUGAAAGGAUUUACAGGAACUUACCGUUGGAUGGCACCUGAAAUGAUCAAAGAAAAGCGUCAUACCAAGAAAGUAGAUGUCUAUAGUUUUGGCAUAGUUCUAUGGGAGCUUUUAACAGGACUUACACCAUUUGACAACAUGACACCAGAGCAGGCAGCAUUUGCAGUGACCCACAAGAAUGCAAGGCCUCCGUUACCAUGUGACUGUCCACGGGCAUUUGGUUAUCUCAUCAACAGAUGCUGGUCAAGCAAUCCAGAUAAACGGCCACAUUUUGAUGAGAUUGUCUCACUUUUGGAGAGCUAUACUGAAUCACUUGAACAUGAUCCAGAAUUUUUCUCUACUUAUAAACCACGUCCAAGUAAUAUAAUUCUGAGAUGCUUACCAAAAUGUAAUGCUGGCCAUGAAUCUGCUUCUAACAAAGCUUAGAAUUCUGUUUUCAAUUAUAAGACAUGAAGAAUUAUAUUAUA